AAAUUUAAAAAACUAAUGAUUUAUUGCAUUUUCUCCUCUCAGUUUGAAAAUCUAACAAAUUUUCUCACUCAAAGUUUGAAAAGUGGCAAUUUCACUCUUAAAAUUUUGAAAUCAUCAUCGAAGAUGGCGAAGUUUGCCUUCUUCGGUUGUGUUGGCUCUUCUUCGCUGCUUAUCUUCUCCUAUUGACUUUUUUCUAUCCAUCGAUGACAAAGAUUUCUUCCGACGAAGAUGAAAUCGUCUUUUUUGAAGUUAAUUGCUUUAAUCAUUGGGUGGGAACAAGUCGGCAGGGAGAGAUAACCUAGGUGGGAGGAUGAACGCGACUAGAGAUAGCGAACUUCGUUGUCUCUGGUGAUGGUUUCAAAAAGGGUUAAAUUGCUACAUUUCAAACUUUGGGUGAAAAAAAAUAUUAGAUUUUUAAAUUAAGGGAAGGGGAAUGUAAUAAAACUUUAGUUUUUAAAAUUAUUUUGUUAAAUAAUGGUUUUACCCUCAACUUUAACUAAGAAUUUUGACAUAAUUUUACUUAUGCGUGGGACUUUGGGUGCGGAUACAUCAGAGGAGACAUUCAGUGCAACAAAGUCCCUGGCAGAGAGGGGAUUGGCUCAAAUACCUUUGACCAUGGAAUUGAUAUGGUUUUUGUUUGUCUUACUACUUUGUGUUGAUACAAAAUUAGAGAAAAAAAGGGUAAAAAUCUUCUUUAUUCCAUACUGUAUUCAGGAACUUUUGGGAAAGAGGGGAUAAAUGUGGGUGGAUGCCUCUGUUCAAUUUGGUCUGCUAUUGCAGAGUUCUGACUGAUUGGUUUGUAGGCUUGGCAAGGCAGUGUUGUCCUCCCAGGAUUACGCUGGCUUCGUUGUAAAUCGGAUUUUAAUGCCAAUGAUUAAUGCAGCAUUUUUUACAGUUUAUACUGGAGUUGCAACAAAGGAGGAGGUUGAUGUGGGAAUGAAGCCAGGAACAAACAAUCCAAUGGAUCCUUUAGAGCUUGUGGAUUUCAUUGGAUUGGAUGUCUGCUUGUCAAUAAUGAAAGGUCUUCAAGCUGGUCUAGGGUGUAGUAAAUAUGCUCCCUGUCCUCUUCUUGUUCAGUAUGUUGAUGCAGAAUGCCUUGGAAGAAAAUGGGGAAUUGGAGUUUAUGACUACCGUAAAGCACCUGAAGCGCUUGGGGAAUCUUCUACUGCAGACAAAGAAAUCAAAGUGAUCAGCUAAAUUUCAAUAUGAGCGGCCAGAUUUGGCCCACAAGAGAGAGACACCUGAGUGAUGUAUUAACUUCGUGUUUUGAUCGUAUUCAGGAGCAGUUAUCGCCACGUCACAUCUUACUAUAUAGUAGUGAGGGUAUUUUUGGGAAACUGAAUUACUCAUGUUAAAUAAAUAAAAGUUUAAGUCUAAUAGUUUAUUUU